AUGGACCUGGACCCACACUUGGAAGAUCAAGUCUUUGAUUGGGUCGAAGUUAAGCAGCAUACGAGUCGUGAGAGUUGUUGGAUUGUUCUAGAAGGUCGUGUAUACGAUGUAACUGACUAUUUAAGUGAGCAUCCGGGUGGAUCAAACGUUCUUUUAGAGAAUGCUGGUCGGGACUGUACGGAGUUAUUUAAGGCAGUGCAUCCUUGGGUUAAUGCACGUAAGAUGUUGAAGAAGUGGUACUUAGGCCGGAUAAGCAAAUAA